UGUGUAAGAAUCAUGUAAAACUUAUCAUUCUUCACAUAUAAUUGAUUUUAUGGUAAUUUAUGCAGUUAUCAGCCGAGUGCUACAUACACAUGCCCUAUAGUCGGAGCUCUCCAUCUCAAUUUCAUCACUCCACUGCUACAAACAAGAAAAGACCAGACGGAAAAUGACCGAAAACCAAAACCCAAUUGGUUUCGGGAUCAUGGGUUGCGCUGAGAUCGCGCGAAAGGUGUCUCGGGCCAUUCACUUAGCCCCCAACGCCACCCUCGUUGCUGUCGCCAGCCGUUCCAUACACAAGGCGAAACAAUUCGCAAUUAAAAACAAAUUAUCAGAUAAUGUGAAGCUUUACGGAAGUUAUGAUGAAAUGUUGGAUGACCCCUUGGUGGAUGCAGUGUAUAUGCCACUGCCUACCAGCCUUCAUGUGAAAUGGGCAGUAAUUGCAGCUCGGAAGGGCAAGCAUUUGCUGCUGGAGAAGCCGACUGCUCUCGACGUUAAGAUGUUUGAUGAAAUGCUUAAGGCGUGUGAGUCUAAUCAGUUGCAGUUUAUGGACGCCAGCAUGUGGUAUCAUCACCCCAGGACUGCGAAAAUGAAGGAAUUAAUAUUGAAUUUGGAGCUUUUUGGACAUGUUAAAGUUAUCCACAGUUCUUCAUCAUAUCAUGGAACAACACAGUUUCUUGAGAAUGAUAUUAGAGUAAAACCAGACCUGGAUGCCCUAGGUGCACUAGGAGAUGCAGGAUGGUACUGCAUUGGUGCCAUAUUGUGGACUAUGAACCAAAAACUACCAACAACUGUGGCUGCUCUACCAUCGACAAUAAGAAACUCAGCUGGAGUCAUCUUAUCAUGCAAUGCUUCUUUAUACUGGGAUGAAGAGGAAACUGUCGCUACAUUUUACUGCUCCUUCAUCUCGCAUGAAACCAUGGACUUGUCAGUGUGUGGUUCCAAUGGUUCGCUUCAUGUAGAAGACUUCAUAAUCCCUUAUGAAGAGAAUUGCGCAACAUUCAGCUUCACGUCCGGUGCUAAGUUUGUGGAUAUGCAUAUCGGUUGGAAUGUAAAACCUCAAGAAGUUCAAGUUGCUACGCAGUUACCACAGGAGGGUAUGAUGAUUCAAGAGUUCUCCAGGCUUGUAAAGGGCAUUAAAGAUCUCGGACUUCAACCAGAUACUAAGUGGGCUGAAACCAGCAGAGUCACGCAGCUGGUGCUGGAUGCCGUGAAAAACUCCAUAGAUAAUGGUUAUAAAGCUAUCCAGAUGUAUACGACUAAACUGGAUGUUUAAUAAUAAAGUGAUUAGUUUAUUUUUA